CUGACGACUGUGUUUUAAAUCCGCAGUUCUUCAUGGGUACACCGUUUAGCUUUCACUAAGCUGUCGAUACAGUGACUAACAAGAUAAAAACAGAUAUCAAAAGUCGCCCGUGGAUAUAAAGUACGAAAUCUUUUCCUCGCCAUUACGUGUAGUUGGCUUUAAUAGAGAGUGUAACAUAAACCAAGCUGACAGAAGAAAGAGACCGUAUAGUUUUGGACUCCAUUGCACUACGUUGUCACCGCCUCGACAGGGAUGUUUACACCGUUUCAUAAAUAUGAUGAUCUUGGUUGCGUAAAGCUGCUGCCAUUCACCAAAGAGUAUUUGGUAUGAUGUUGGAUGAUCUUACGGAGUAAGCGGGGAGUCCUGUGUUUUAUAGAUGAAAGCUUUUUGAUGUUCACCAAAAAGCAGCCCGCGUGAGCUCCUCUCUGAUUGAUUGCAUUCCGCAAUAUUCUACUAUAGUAUCAGUCUUGUUCACGCCGUUUCGAAGGUCGCGCGGGACUUACAUGCACUAUAGAUAAAAAAAAUCAGCCGGAUAUAACAGAAUGACAGCGUUGAAUUAGCUAGUGUUCGAAAAACCUUUACAACGGUAUUAAAGCGUAGGACUUCAUAAACGAUGGAAGGGGAAGAGGAUUUCUUUUCCCCAAAUAUGACAAUGCCUUUUCAUAUUGCUUUUGUGUAUCCAAUCCCUCAAGCGUACUUUAUAAACGGAUUCGUUUCUCCCUUCCUGAUAUUUUUUACUUUGGUAACGAAUAUCUUCGUAGUUCUCAUUCUUUUACGUAGACACAUGCGUUCCCCGACCAACGCCAUCUUAGCUGCCAUGGCAAUAUCAGACACAUUUACUGGAGUGACGCCACUUCCGGUAUUUGUUCAUUUCUUCUCUCUGGAGAACUACCACGACUUCGUUGAGUUCCACUGGUGUUACAUCUACAGAUACUUGGGCGAGCUCAUCCCAACCGUUUUCCACACCGCCUCUAUCUGGCUGACAGUGACGUUGGCCCUUCAGCGUUAUGUCUACAUCUGUCAUACAGCCGCCGCUCGGAGAUUCUGCACCAUCCAAAACGUCAUCUUUGCAACUUUCAUCAUAUACAUGCUUGCCAUAUUGUCACAGAUUACGCGUUUCUUUGAUUUCGAAUUUACCCCAUUUCCCUUCCUUUCGUUUGACUCGCCAAACAGUACCCUCGUUACGUGUAUCGAGCGAACCAGUCCAUGGGUGAACCAGAACGAAAACUUGUACUUCAAUCUCUACUUCUGGUUCCGAGCCAUUUUUAUUCACCUCGUACCAUGCACUAUUCUCGUGGUUAUCAAUUCAGUGCUCAUAUGGACUCUCCGGACGGCUCAACAAAGGAGGAUGCAGCUUCUGAAACAAAACAAAAAGAGCGAGUCAAUGAAACUGAAAGACAGCAACUGCACAACACUAAUGCUUGUGACGGUUGUUGGCUUAUUUCUACUGGUUGAACUUCCUUUGGGAAUAAUCAUGAUACUGCAUCUGGUUCAAAACAAUUUCGACAUUGAUAUCAUGUCGAACGAAACUUUCAAAUUGCUGAAUUUGAUUUCGAACACCUUCAUUUUACUGUCAUACCCUUUGAACUUCUUCAUUUACUGCGGUAUGAGUCGACAGUUCCGGGAAACUUUGAUGAGCAUGUUCGAAACAAUAAAGACACCGAACAGCAGGAAAAGGUACGCUUCGAUCCCGACAGACAACGGACGCACAAUGGCCGAGUCCACUUGCAGAGAAACAGUGUUGUGAACAAGGACAGUUAUCUCUUUGCCAGACUCUUUGCAAUACUCUAACAUUGUCAAAGAAAACGUCAAGUACACAUUGUUUGUUAGAUUACGAAUGGUUGUGCAAAGCAGAGAAAUUCAUUUUACAUGUAUAUGCACAUAUUUUGUAAAAAGAAGAUGUAUGUUGCAAAUUUCAAAGUUCGCUAUGUCUAACAAGGUAUUCGUUGUCAUUAAUGCACAUAAAAUACAAAUAAGUGUCAAACUGAGAUUGUGAUAUAAAUUAUAUGUAUCUGUUAUGAAUUGUUGUAAGAUAUUGUAUAAAUAUCUGGCAUAUAGAUUCGUCAUGAUUUUUUUUUUCAUUUUCUUUUUUGUUCGCGAUAAUUUGAAUAUCACAAAAUCAGUAAAUUAAGAAAUAAUGUCAACGAUGAUAUCAAAUGUUUUAUCAAUCUUCUAAAAUUGCAAAAAUGGCAUACGCAAAUUUUUUUAAAGUUAAAGAUUUAUUCUUACUUUUUGGGUUACAUCUACAACAAGCGAAAAAAUCCUUAUAUACGGUAAUAACUGUGAACGUACGCGCACAAAAAUCCACGAAAUUCGUCGGCAACCCUUGUCGUGGAUACUUUUUUUCGCUUACCUAUAUUGUUGGAUGAAUUAUUCAUACCAAAUGGAUAAAAUGAAUUCGCGAAUGUUAAAAAACAUGCGUAGUACUCUGUUUACAGUAUAUGCAUGUAAUUAUACAUUAUAUAUGUACCUAUGAUAUUAUGUGUGUAUAUCUAACAAUUUUAUGAAUGUAGUAAAAUAAUCGAAAUUGA